AUGGCAGAUGUUUUGCAAACCAAUGGUAAACUGGAUAAUCCAAGUAUGAUUGAGCUGACUGGGAAAAUCCUAGUGGUAGCUGUCAUAGUUCUCUUUCUUGUAGUGAUGUUGGUCUUCUUUCUCCAUCUUUACUCAAAAUGGUUCUGGAACCAACGCCGGCAAGCGGACAACCACCGCAAUGCCGCCACACGGCAGCGGCGGCGGCGCCGUCGUUUCGACUUUUCUCCAGGUCAUGAAGUUAAUGUUACAUCUGUUCUCAACAGGGGGCUUGACCCUGUUCUUCUUAAAACAAUUCCUGUAGUUUUAUUCAAUCACGAAGAAUUCAAAGAUGGAUUGGAAUGUGCUGUUUGUCUUUGCGAUGUUUCUGAAGGUGAAAUGGCGAGACUUUUGCCUAAAUGCAAUCAUGGGUUUCAUGUAGAUUGCAUUGAUAUGUGGUUUCAAUCUCAUUCUACAUGCCCGCUUUGUCGAAACCCAGUCAUGUUACAAGAAUCAACAAUGGAAAACUUACUUAGAACACCAGUAGAAGAAGAGGAUUCAGCUGAGGUGAUAAAUUUUCCAACUAAUGUGUUGUUUUGGGGAAAUGAGACUCAAGUGAGCACAAUGGGUUCAAAUAAUUUGGAGGAAGAUUUGCAGGGUACUAAUUCUCCUCAUCCACCAACACCAGUAGCAACACCAUCAUCGUCAUCCUCGUUAGAUUCUACGAGUGAUAGGCCUUGUGUUUCAUUGGUAAUCGAUAUUCCAAGGCAGAUUAACGAAGUAGUAGAAGAGGAAGAAGAUAAAUCUCCAAUGCCCACAAGAUUGAGGACUUUGAAAAGGCUCUUGAGUAGGGAUAAGAGGGCUAAUCCUUCUAGUCCAAGAAUUAAUGUAGAUUUAGAACAAGGAGGCACAUGA